AAAUUACGACAACGAACAAUCCAGGAAAAAAAGAAAAAUGAAGGAAAAAUAUAUGUAUUCUGUUCAAUCCGUCCAGCUUCCUCAUUGUGCAUUAGCGUUCGUUCCGCGGGACCUUUUUUGAGUUUUCAUAAUAACGGUAGAACUCCGGCGAAGAACCGGCAUGUAACAGCAACAAUCACGGCCUUGGCCGUGUCGCCGCCGCCACUACCACCACCUCUACCUCUAUACGACAUGAGAAGAGUUGAGACUAUUACAGCAAAGUAGCUCAUCAUCGAAGUCGUUUCUGGGAGCUUUAAUUAUCGCAUAUGGCCGUAAAAUUGAAGUAAUUGAUCCAUGAUGGACAUGCUACACUUAGAUUCUCGCUAUCUUCUUCAUCUUCCCCUCUUAAUCCUCUUAUCCAUCUCCUUCUCUGAUGCUCUGGAUUUCCUAUUUAACUCCUUCAAUGCCACUCACCUCAAGCUCACCGAAGAUGCGCGGGUCGAAUCAUCCGUCAUCCGACUCACCAACGACUCAAUUCAGUAUUCCGUUGGUAGAGCCUUCUACCCUUCUCCUCUUCUCAUGCGAAACUCCUCCUCUGAAUCCACUAUCUCUUCCUUCUCCACCUCUUUCAUCUUCUCUAUCCUUCCUCAGAUCACCUCUAGCCCUGGCUUCGGUCUCGUUUUCUUCCUCUGCAACACCACCUCUCCCCCUGACGCCAUAGCGGGUCAAUACUUCGGCAUCUUCUCCAAUGCUACACACCCCUCCAUCUACCCCCUCAUUGCCGUCGAAUUCGAUACUGGUCUCAAUGUUGAAUUCAACGACCCAGAUGCCAAUCAUGUCGGCAUCGAUCUGAACAACCCUGAAUCCGCCGUCACCCACACCGGCGGUUAUUAUGAUUCCACCAACGUAGAUCUCGUUCCCCUUGACAUGCGUAACGGCCAGAAUGUCCGAGCUUGGAUCGAUUUCGACGGCUCACUUUUGGAAUUCAAUGUCACCAUCGCCCCCGCAACUGUGUCUCGUCCCUCUACGCCACUGAUCACUUACAGGAACCCCGCCAUCGCUAACUAUGUCUCCCCCAACAUGUAUGUUGGCUUCUCUGCUUCAAAAACCACUUGGGUGGAAGUGCAGAGGAUCCUAGCUUGGAGUUUUAGCGACAACGGAACUGCUGCGGAUUUAAACACCACGAGUCUGCCGGUUUUCUCGCCGGAAUCGUCAUCAUCGCCUUCUUUGUCCGCCGGCGCCAUAGCCGGGAUUUCAAUCGCUUCUGCUGUAUUCCUAGUCCUCUGUCUGUUGGGGCUUUACUGGUUUUGGCAGAAGAAGAAUAAGAAGGCCACAGAAGAUGACGGGAUCGAAGAUUGGGAGCUUGAAUACUGGCCACACCGUUUCUCAUACGAAGAGCUAAGCGAAGCCACGAAAGGGUUCUCCAAUGGAGAGCUUCUCGGGUCCGGUGGAUUCGGCAGAGUAUACAAAGGAACCCUAGCGAGCAAUAACACAGAGGUGGCAGUGAAAUGCGUGAACCAUGACUCGAGACAGGGGCUGAGAGAAUUCAUGGCGGAGAUAUCGAGCAUGGGAAGGCUCCAACACAAGAACCUGGUUCAGAUGAGAGGGUGGUGUAGGAAAGGAAACGAGUUGAUGCUGGUCUACGAUUACAUGCCCAACAGUAGCCUCAAUCGUUGGAUCUUCGACAACCCCAAGAAGCUGAUGGGGUGGGAGGCGAGGCGAAGGGUGCUGCGCGAUGUGGCAGAGGGUUUGAACUACCUGCACCACGGAUGGGAUCAGAUGGUCCUCCACCGUGACAUCAAGUCCAGCAACAUACUCCUCGACUCCGACAUGCGGGGUCGCCUCGGUGACUUCGGACUCGCUAAGCUCUACCAGCACGGCCAGACGCCAAGCACGACGCGAGUAGUGGGCACGUAUGGGUACCUAGCGCCGGAGUUGGCGAACGUAAUAGCUCCGACGGCGGCAAGCGAUGUGUACAGUUACGGGGUGUUUGUGCUGGAGGUGGCUUGUGGGCGGAGACCCAUUGAAACGUCGUCUGAUGACGAGCCGCUGCUGAUCGAUUGGGUGAAAGAGCUUUAUGCGAAAGGGAGGCUUAUCGAAGCUGCUGACUCGAGGAUUGCAGGUGAGUACAAGGUGGAAGACAUGGAAGCGGUGCUCAAGAUUGGGUUGGCUUGCUGCCAUCCUGACCCUGACCGCAGGCCUACCAUAAGGGAGGUUGUAGUCAUACUGCUUGGUGAGGAGGUCUCUGCGGCACCGGGGAGAGUGUUGUCGGAGCUUCCACGUGUCGUCUCAGUCAUCGGUGAGGAGCCGGAGUCACCACUAUCAACUUCAAUGGGUGGAAACUGAAUUUGGGUUUCCAUUCUCUUGGCAGUUGGCACCCACCCACCUUGAGUCCUUCUGAGUUCCGGCGGAAAAAAUGAAGCCAUUCACUCUUCCGUGGAUUCAGGUAAACAAACUCUUAACUCCUACAUCAGACUCUCCAGAUUGGAUUGGAAACUUCAAAAGUAAAUCUGUUUCAGUUCAGUCAAAUACAAGCUCCAAUCUCAAUAGAAUGCAGUGUUUGCCGAGGAAGUAAUGGAAAGUUAAAAAGAGAAAGAACUGCAGUGAUACCUUGAAGGUUAGGCCAUCUGUUUGAGAUGGAUCUCAUGUUCUUCAAGAUCACCCCUUGCUUCCAGAGAAGAAAUUUCAACCUAUUGUCCUUGUUCUGAUGUAUUCCAUGGAAAUCUCAUUCUUCAUUUUGCUCUAUUGUCAUAAUGAUUGUCGCCAAGAUGCUUUUGUAGCAGUGGCAAUGAUCAUACUAGAAGAAGUGAUCCUGGACGGGAUCUUCUUUUGAGAAGCUUCCUCUUCAGAGUUCAGAGCGAAUGGCAUGGCUAAGGCACCCUGACAUUAGAAGAAAAAACAAUGUAGAUAAACCCGGCCAUGGUUGCCAGCCAAAGCAAAAUUUCAGCUCCAGACUCCAGACAUUGUGUGAUAAUUUUGUGUACAAAUCUACUGUUUGCACCCGCGAAAGCACGUUACUCAAUUGGUUUUACAGAUACUUGUUCUCUUAUAGCAUGCAGUUCGUGGCUUUGGUUCUGAAGUACUAGCUCUUGGACUUAUUCACGUGUAAAGUUUUAUAUUUGAUGGGACUCUGUUCUUGUUGCUCCCAUUGAUGCUUGUUACCUGCAUAAUGCUUAUGAAUGGAGCUAUCCUGAUCUCCCUUACAACCGGAAACUAUCAUAUCUGUGGCAUAAGAGACGCACAAUUCAUUUGUACCCUACUAGAUGUUGAUGAUUGAUCUGUAUUACUUUCUAGUGUAAACCCGCAAGCACUAGAUACAUGGUACUUCACCAAUUAACUGAAGUAUUGGAACUUGGAACAGUCCUACCUUGAACAUGUACUUUAAUAAGAUUUUAGUGUCCAGAGUGGAAAGAGAAUACAAUGAGCUUUGAUGUUGAGGCUAAUAUUCGCCAAUAAUGUUGGACCUUUCUAGUUGACAACUUUUAUUUGCA